GUCAGCUAGAGAUCUGUGAGGAGCUGGAGAUGGGUCAGCUAGAGAUCUGUGAGGAGCUGGAGAUGGGUCAGCUAGAGAUCUGUGAGGAGCUGGAGAUGGGUCAGCUAGAGAUCUGUGAGGAGCUGGAGAUGGGUCAGCAUGAGAUCUGUGGGGAACUGGGUCAAUGUGAGAUCUGAGGAGAUGGGUCAGCGAGAGAUCUGUAAGGAGAUGGGUCAGGGUGAGAUCUGUGGAGAGAUGGGUCAGAGUGAGAUCUGUGGGAAGCUGGAGAUGGGACAGCUUGAGAUCUGUGAGGAGCUGGAGAUGGGUCAGCGUGAUAUCUAUAGGGAGCUGGACAUGGGUCAGCGUGAGAUCUGUAGGGAGCUGGACAUGGGUCAGCGUGAGAUCUGUGAGGAGCUGGUAAUGGGUCAGCGUGAGAUCUGUGAGGAGCUGGUAAUGGGUCAGCGUGAGAUCUGUGAGGAGCUGGAGAUGGGUCAGCAUGAGAUCUGUGAGGAGCUCGAUCAGCGUGAGAUCUGUGGGGAGCUGGAGAUGGGUCAGCGAGAGAGCUGUGAGGAGCUGGAGAUGGGUCAGCAGGAGAUCUAUGGGGAACUGGAUCAAUGUGAGAUCUGAGGAGAUGGGUCAGCGAGAGAGCUGUAAGGAGAUGGGUCAGAGUGAGAUAUGUGGGAAGCUGGAGAUGGGACAGCAUGAGAUCUGUGUGUCCCCUUUGUUCGGCUGUCCGCACCCCCGUUCGGUUACUGAAGCCCCAUCUGUGUGAUCCAUGGCUUCCAUGUGUGGCCGCCGUUCGGGCAGAUGAAAUUUAAAUGCAAAGUUAUGCACUUCAGCGUAAAGAAAACUUAUACCCUUAAUGGAAGCGAAUUAGGGAUAACAACACACAAGAAGGAUUUCAGAAUUGUUAUAGACAACUGUGACGGACUGCCCCGCACCCCGACCGGGUACCUCCGAAAAUUGCUGCUUCUUAGUUCUUGCAAACACCAUAAGCACUGCACUGGAACACCAUAACCACCGUAAACACCACUCUGGACCCAAGACCAGGAUCCAGCUUCCAGUAGGUAGACCUCUUAAAUCCAGAGAGCAGGAACAGGAACAAGCUCUUACAAGAGCUUAUUCUGGGGAGUAUAGAGAUUAUAGCAAUCCCCAGAGUGUAGGUAGUACUCCAAUCCCCCAAACAUGAGCCAAGACUUCAUGAAGGCUUGAACAGGUCUGUUUAAUGAGCACAGUCAUUUCUUUUAUACACAUUUUCCCCAGUAGGUUACCACCCACGAGACCUUGUGGAGCACAGAACACAAAGGACACAAACCAAUCAAAACAAUACAAUAAUGUCCGACACUCCCACAUACAGCACACAAGCCCUCCCCUCUGCCUGGUAUAUAAUCAAAGCAGCUAAUACAAUAACCUAAUUAUCCACAGGCAGAAAAACACACAUUUUCCCCAAAGUCCAGAAAACACCCCAAAACACCACAUAUCCCCACAAAUAUAUACAUCCCUGGAUAGCCCUCAUCUGGGUGAACAACAUAUCCAAAAAUCAUCCAGAUCAGAGCAGGGGUUCAAAGGUUUUAUGAUAGUCACAUUUGAUCGACCGCAAGCAUGGCUUUCAUGCUCAAAACAGUUCCACAGAUUUAGGCUGUGCGGCCGGUCUAUCUUCUCCUCUAUCCUGGAGAGAAUUGACUUAAGUGGCUGUGGUAACUUAAUUAUCUCCAGACACAUAAAAAUACAUAACUCUUAUAAUACAAUGUUUAACCUAUACGUCCACCCUAUCCCCAGAUAGCUUGGAUCUGAGCGCUCAAUAUGUCUAAUGUUAAAA